AAAAUAUGUAACUUUCUCCGGCAACAAAUGCAAAGUGAGUAAACGAUUACGUGUGUGUACUACUGUUACAUUUACAAAGGUAAUAAUUUAUUACAUAUUAUCUGAGGACACUCGACAAAUUUGACGGUUUUAAAAGUCAUAGUUUCUAACUGCAAUAUGAUUUCGAUAUAAAAUCAACCAAGAGUUACUAUUUUCUCGUUAGUGAUCUCAAGGGCUCUAAUCCGUACGAAUUGAGUGUCGCACUUGCAUACUGUUCAUCAUCAUGGCAUGUAAAACAUGGGUGGUUGGAUUUAUUCUGGUCUACUUUAUCAUACUUAUUCAUUUGAGUUUAAAAACUGAAGCGAGUCAAAUUUCUGGAAGGUCAAACAGUGUUAGUUUUCACUCUAGAUGGAAACGGCAACUUCCGUUUUUGAGUAGUUGGUUUGGUGGAUCUCACUCUACGAGCAAACCGGAAUUGAAGAGAAGUCGAUAUCAACAGCAAAACCAUUACACAAGAAAAAAUUCUCGCAAUUCUUACGUGUUAUCGAAAUACGAUAAGCUGCCGUCUUAUCAUCAAAAUCAGAGCAGUAAUAGUCACGAGAAUCAAGUCGCAGAAAGAGAUCCCAGAUUUUUGUCACUGUUCUCGGUCAUCAAAUUUGGGAAUGCAGAAUGUCUCUCUGCAAGUGGGGACAAUGGUACUUGUUAUCCACAAGCAGAAUGUCAUAGGAGAGGGGGUGCAGCAAAUGGAAGAUGUGCCAAAGGGUACGGAACCUGCUGCGUGUUCUCGAAAACGUGUGGGGCCUCAACAAAUCAGAAUUGCACAUAUUUCACCCACAAUGGCAACAACCAAAAUAGUCAAUCUGGUUUUGAUGGAACUGGAAGUUGCCAACUAACGAUGUACAAAUGUGCUCCCGAUGUUUGUCAGUUGAGGUUAGAAUUUGACUCCUUCAAUAUAGCACCACCAAACACGAAUGGAAUAUGCCAAAAUGACCAGUUCAUAGUUUCCGGAAGCACAACAGCCAUUCCCAUUGUCUGCGGGGUCAACACAGGAAAUCAUAUGUACGUCGAUGUGGGAGUAGAUAACAGUCCAGUCACAUUGAGUAUGGUGACGUCGGGUCCUGCAUACUCCCGAUCCUGGAAAAUCAAGAUAAUCCAAGUUAGAUGUACGGACCUUGGAAAAAGUCCAGAAGGAUGCUUACAAUUCUAUCGAGGUGUUAGCGGAAUGAUACGUUCGUACAACUUUGAUUUCGCCUCCGGUCAGCAGCUCUCCAAUCAGGAUUAUACUUCCUGUAUCCGGGUUGAACGAAAUUUCUGCGGGAUUCGGUAUACUGCUUGUAAUGAUAAUGCUCAAUUCGGCAGUUUACAAGCCACGGCUGCUAAUCAAAGGACGAGAUCAUUUUUCCUGAACGGCCAGGGAGUGAGCACGAUCGGAACAUUAGUUGGUGCAAAUAGUUGUUCGACUGAUUGGAUCACGAUACCCUGCGCCACAAACACUGGUAGAACCACUCAGGCUGGAGGUACCGUUUGCCAGGACAGGAUUUGCGGCGACGUUUUUAAUUCAGAAGCUGGCCAAAACCCAAGCUCUGUUUAUAGUUAUGUAAAGCCAUUCCGAAUCCACUACCAUACAGAUUCGAAUGAAACUAACGACGUCGGAAAUCGAGGCUUCUGUUUAAAUUUUAUUCAACAACCAUGCUCUUCAAUUUAAAUUCACUAACAGUUCACUAUUAUAGUUUUAUUUGAUUCACGUGUUUUGUACAAAUUACAGUUUAUUAUUCUUGAUACAUUUUAUACAUGUUACACACAUUUCAACGCAACUUGUUUAAAUUGUCUGUUUUGCAUUUGUUAAAUAUGUACAAUAAAUCUCGCAUGAUUGAGUAUUUCUGAUAUUA